AUGGCCCAAAUCUCUCGCCUCUACGCCACAGUCCUCCUUGCGGUCCUUCUGUCUGUCAAUGGUGUAACAGCUUUCAGUUUCCGCUUCUAUUCGGAAAGUGCCUGCGACCACAAUGAUCCAGCCUCCAGUACUUCACCUCCCAUCGACGAUGCAGCUGAAACAGGAUUCGUAGGCAACUGCUACAGCGCACCCAUCGGGACCGAGUGGAUCGCCCUAGAGAACACGGAUACAUUUGUUUCCAAUACGGGGCUGGUCACAUAUUGCGAUAUUGACUGUGCAGGUGGAGCGUCUGCGUUCCAGAAGGGAACAACCUGCUUCUCUCCUCCUCCUGGAAACGCGUCCGUUCCCAGCUGUGCCAUCGGAUCUUUCAUGGGAUUCGAGUGA